UGAACAGUUUGCAUUGUAUUUCAUUAUUCAUUAUUUAAUUUAUUUAUUUACUUAUACAUAUAACUACUUUAUAUAGCUGUACAUAUUCAAUAUUCAAGAUUUAGCAUUCAACAUCACAAUGUCUUACAUAUUGAACGUUAGAUAUUUAAACAAUGAUCCAAUGAAGGUAGUCGUCGGCGUAAAGGGCACAAUAAGCGAUUUUCUUCUAGGCGUAACGCGAAAACUGCAGCUGACAUACAACCAUUUCUCACCCAUCGGGUAUACUAUAAAACUGUGUGAAACAACAUACAAGUUGGAGGGCGACAGCAGCUACAACACAAUAACAAUGGCUGACGUGCUGGGUGGACUGCUGAUGGGCAGUAUCAAAAACAUAUAUUUGAGAUUGAACUUACCAGUUGCUGAGCCCUGUGCUAAAGCCAGCGAGGCAGCCGAGAAUACAGAGAGCAAGGUAUGUGAGGCAGCUGAGGAAACAAAAAAUAUGGGGUGUGAGGUAGUCGACAAGACAGAAAACAAGGUGUUUACAAGCGCGGAGAAGCCUGCCCAACUGGAAUCCGGAAACUUUAAGGAUUCGCUGUAGUCCCUUUUCUGUCACUAAAACCAAUGUCUAUACUGUAUUUCUCUUGUCCUAAUUUUUUAAACAGUAAAAG